GAGCCCAAUUAGCCACUUCUCUCUCUAUUUAUGGACUUAUAAAGACUAGGAAAUUUGUCAUGCCAACCUGCGGAGGUUGGUUCUAGAAUCAGACCAUUGUUGUCUCUCUUAAUCUCUCUAUCUCGCAUUCUAAUGGGGUCUUUGCUUGGUGACUGGCCUUCAUUUGACCCUCAUAACUUCAGCCAACUUCGACCUUCUGAUCCUUCUAAUCCUUCUAAAAUGACUCCUGCCACCUACCAUCCUACUCAUAGCCGGACUCUUCCCCCACCUGAUCAAGUGAUAACUACUGAAGCAAAAAAUAUUCUGCUGCGAAAUUUCUAUGAGCGAGCUGAAGAGAAGUUGAGACAAAAGAGAGCUGCCUCUGAACAUCUAAUGCCAGAGCAUGGAUGCAAGCAGGCCAGGGCUUCUACCUCAUAAUAAGCUUUCGUAUGUUACUUAAUAGUCUGGCAUGUCGACUCUCAUUGUAAAUACAAACCACAUCACUGCCCAGUGUGCCAAUUGGUUGACUGAGCAGGGCUUGCUUAUUGUUCUAAACUGUUGAGCAAUGCAAGUAGAGUUGUGUACAAACAACAGAUUCACCAGGUCAUCAUAUAACCACCGAGUGAGAUCAUUAGUUAUGCUUUUCUUUUUA